GGAGCCUGAAACCUUAGAGCACAUUUUUCAUUUGUAUGUCAUGUAAAAGAUGACACCGACACUUAGGCCGAAUUUGCAUGAUAUCUUAUAUUUUGUUGCUUGAUGAAAAAAAUUAGUUUUGGAAGUUUAGUUUUUAUUUCUGAUGUAACUGGCAGUACAUAUCUAUUUUAUGGAUGAUGUGAAAGGUAGAACAACAACAACAUAUCCCGUGUAAGCCCACAAGUGUGGAUGUGAAAGGCUAGUAAUAAAUGUAUUUUUAAAUUCAAUUCUAUGGAGUGAAGGUGAUGUAUUAUCCAAAGCCUUGUUUGAUUUGAUGAAUUUAUAACUAGGUGAAUAAUGUUAAAUGCUAUUCGAGAUGUUGUUAACAUUAAUUUACUAUUUUUUCUCCAGAGUUGUGGUGCUUUGUGUUGGUACAGAUGGUAGCCUUGAAGGCUAAUGGUGAUAUGAUUCAUGUCUGUGGUAGUCCAAUUCAUUUUGUUGGAGAAGUCAUAAUAGCUUGAGUGUUGUCAAUAACAAAAACAAUUCAAAUGGCUGCUAAGUAUGAUUGGAAAAAUAUAAGUAUUUUGUUAUAUUCGUCAACAAUGAUUCAAAUUGCCAGUUGAGACUAAGUUUAGGUGUUUAGAUGUGCACUCUCAAAGUUGGAGUGCUUACUUGCCAACUGAAGCCAAGUUUGAGUGUUUGUUUAUAUAUUAUGCCUUUGAUUAAUGCAUAUUAUGUUUCUCAGUAAAAAAGGUGAUUUUGUUAAUUGCUUUAAAUAAUUUAUAUACAAUCUUGAGACAAUUUUUUAAAAAUUGUGCAUUGUAUUGAGUGUGCCACGAUUUACGACAUAGAGACUGUUGGAAUCCUACUAAUAUUGACUCAUGAUAUACAAUGCGCCUGUACAUGGACAAAUAAAAGGAAUAAAAGGCUGCGUAUCGGACAAAUAAAAUAAAUAAAAAGGUCGUGUUUUGGACAGUGCAAUUGAAAGCCCUGCUACUUGAUUGAAAGUGAGAAACGGUGGUUACAAUUCUCCUAUUUAAGGGUUUUGAUUGCCCUCACCCUGGUGUUUCCUCUGUUCCAGAAGGAUUUAAGAGUUGUUCAGGAAGCAUACUUUGUAUACGGAGGAGAUGGAACGGGCGAAUGAAGCAUGUGAUAAGUGCAAGAAGGACUGCCUGUUGAUUCAUAGAAAGAGGGUUCCUUCUUUCUGCAAAACAAUGACUGACAAAAGUUGCUUACAAGUUCUGAUUUUACCGGCAAAGUUUGCUCGAUCAGUUUUACACCUGGCUGAUCAGGUAACGCAUGUAGAGGAUUCAAGUGGAUUGCGAUGGAGGGUAACAGUGUGUUACUAUCAGGGUUUGUUAGCUAUCCAACAGGGGUGGCCGAAAUUUGCAUCACAGCAUCGUCUGGAUGUCGGAGACCUCUUGGUUUUCCAGUAUGCUCCAGGUCAGCACUUCACUGUUCAAAUAUUUGAUACGAAUGGUUGUGAAAAGAUCAUUUUCUGCUGUGACACUGGCAAGGGUAAAAAAAGAGCAACAACCAACGUGGAAGAAACCACCCAGGUUAGAGAUGCUCAAUAUGAUCACGAAGACGGCAGGUUGUGCUUGCAUCAGUCACGUUUUGAAAUGCCAGCAAGCAAACCUCUUGCAGAAGUACUGUUGCCACUGUGUGAGGCUGGAAUCAAGGCAACUGGUAUGGUUAGUAGACCAGCAGAGGAUAUUCCACUGCUGGGUCCAAAAGAAAAAAAAUCCAAAAAAGCAUCUCAAUUGGAUUCAGGAGAGGAGGAAGCAAAUGGUAAUGAAAAAGUCAUCAAAAGUAAGCCUGCUGGUUUAGGAGACACACCAUCCUUUCCUGCAAUCAACUAUUCAUGUUUGGUGUCCGUCAAUGGUCGAGAUUUUCUGGAAUUACCAGAAUCCUGGCGAGAUUUGUUGAAAAGGCCAAUGCGAGAAAGGUGGAUUAUUUUCCUCCGAGGACCAGAUAAAAGAAUCUGGCCUACCUAUUAUACUAGUCGCUUGCCUCCCUAUUAUUCUAGCAGACCAAGUGUUGAUGUUUUGACUCGUGGAUGGAAGGACGUUGCUGCAGCUUAUGGCAUGAAUGCCAAAGAUGAUUGUCUUUUUCAACUUGCAGAUCAGCAGAACCGUAUAUUUGAUAUACGCAAAAUCUGAAAGUGCUGAAGUAAGAUUCCAAAUGAACUACUUGGAGUCUACCUUAACGUCGCUAUAAGGGAAAUGAAAAGGAACCUAUGUCAGUUUCUCAUUAAUAGUUUUGAACAACAUUUAAGCGUUGCUUUGUUGGGUCAUAUAUUUUGUACUGUCAUUUUGAAGUUGUACUCAGUAUUUUGAGACUAAUUCCUUU